CGUACACACCCGCUGGCUCCAACCUACAUGAGGAACGCACCUUGCGUGAAUCUAGACUAUCUCCAAAGCCUGGGAAGAUAGGGACAUGCCUAGUAGGUAGCUCCCGACGUACUGGAGACACACCAGAUCGUGUCUUAUUAGUAGGCUUUCACCCUCGUCUCCCCAGCCAAGAACCACUCUUCAUCUCCCGCUGCAGGGUGAUGGGAUUUGCUGACGCCCAGAAACAUAACAGUAAGCCCGACCCUUAUCACAGACAGUAGGAUUCUGUCAUCCAUGGCCGCCCGCUCUCUGUCCGUCCAAUUCAGGGAGUAUACCAGGGCUACUAUUGGUCUCUCCACCUGACUCUGCAGCUAUUCUGCGCACUGCUCGUCUUACCCUGUGGCUGCAGAUGAACCUCUCGCUUGGUGGAAUAAACACAGAGCAUCGGUACGAUGGAUGGAGGACAGGGACUCUUAUCAGUACCAGACCCACUAGCUGCACCCGAUUCGGAAGCCUUGCGCGCUCCACAGCCUGAGUUGCGGGAUGAACAAGAAGGGCCUUUAAAAAUAAUAAUUCAAUUUAUACUACUCCAUGUCGCACAGCAGUUGCCAGUCUAUUCAGCCUUUUCAACCCUCUCGUUCCUUUUCUUCGCGUCCUACCUACUUCAUUAUUUGCAGCACUCGCCCGUCUCUUUUGGACGCGUCCACGAGCGCCACAGUCACACAAUCCUUUCAGCUGCGCAGACAGCCUAAUAUACAAACUUCCUCGAGCGGACUACGACCACUCUCCCUUCGAUUUCAAACGGCUUCUCUAUGCUUAUUACUGCCUUGCCUAAUUCCGACUAUUCCGCCGCCUGGUUCAGUCAUUGUUCUUAGUCAACAACUCAAGUUUAUCGUUGCUAUCCUGCAACUUGGGCCACCAAUACCAGGCUAGACACUACUCAUUCGUUCCGGCGCUCCCCUUGAGCAGACAUGUCAGCAAGAGGGGCUCGAAGUCGGAAGAUACAACAGAAAGAUAUCGAGAAAAAGGACAAAAAAUCUACAGGGAAAGGAAAGGCUCCGGAAGCGAUCAACGAACAGUCCCACG